CAAGCUCCGCGCUCCAAAGCUACCAAGCUAGCAAGCUCCCAGCUCCACUUCCACUCCACUACGGAGCUCCACUACGGGCGUAAUUUUAAUUCGAAUCAAUUUGUUUGUCGCCGCCGCCGCGGCCGCUCCACAGUGUUAACCAUAUUGGCACAGUGGGCACACGGCGAUCCGGCUAUCCGGCGAUCCACUGUGCGGCUCACUAAACGUCUAUCCCCAAAGGAUCCCCCGAAUAAACACGGAUGCGGGCCAAUUUUUUACAAGUGUUAGUGUCAGUGUGAUAGUGUCUGUGUGUCUGUGUGUGUGUUGGAGCUAUCAAGUUCAAAUACAGUCGAUGUCCUUUGAAAAGGAUACACAGAAAGUUAAAAAAUUUAACUAAAAAAGUGUAUAAAACAUAAAACUCUUGGUUCCAGAACUAAAAGCUAUUUUUUUUUAUCUAAAAAUUAAAUUAUAUUAAAGCAAAGUUAAAAAUAAAGUUUAAAACUUAAGAAUCCAUAAAAUAUAAAAACUAAAUUUAAAAAAGAUUAAAACAAACCAAAAACAUAAAACUUAAAACCAGAAGCCCCAAAAACUAUACUAUAGAUAACCGGUACUCGAAGAAUACCAAAAAUAUACCAGAUGCUAGCUAAACUAAGUAAUAAUACUAAACUAGAUCCUGGAAAGAAAAAUGGAUCAAUUGAUUAAACAAUUGCAACUGGCUGCUGCCGCCCAGGCCCAAGUCCACGGCCAGGUGGCCACUAACAGUCCAAUAUCCGCACAUCCGCAUCCACAUCCGCAUCCACAUCCGCAUCCGCAGGCAGCGUCCGCCUUGCAACUUUAUGCGGCAGCCGCUGCCGCCAAUCUGCGCGUGCCCGGCUGGUCGCCCUUUCUAAGUCCGACAGGAUCUGGCCCGGGACCUGGCACCGGAAGUGGCGGCGGCAGUACGUCCUCCUCGGUCUAUAUGCUCCGCCAGAUGGCGCUAAUGCAGCGGGCCAAUGCCGCGGCCGCAGCAGCCGCCCUGCAGGACCAACGGAAUCAGGAUCAAGAUCGGGAAAUGGAGCGAGAGAGGGAGUGGGAUUGGGAGUCGAAGAAGUCCUUUAAAAAGCAGGGUCCUGUCAGUCGACAAGCGCUAAUUAAGCAAGAAGAUUCCAGUCAUGAGGAGGAGGCCAAUAGCGAUCAGGAACACAAUCCGGAUGAGAAGGAGGGAACUUUCCCGUAUCCGGAUGAUGAAACCGGAGAGUCGGAGGCUCUGAAACGACGACGUUGCCGGACAAACUUCAAUUCGUGGCAGUUGGAGGAGCUGGAAAGGGCAUUCCUGGGCAAUCACUAUCCGGAUGUGUUCAUGAGGGAGGCACUGGCAAUGCGACUGGAUCUGAAAGAAGGACGAAUAGCGGUCUGGUUCCAGAACCGACGAGCCAAGUGGCGCAAAAAGGAGCACACGAAGAAGGGUCCUGGCCGGCCGGCCCACAACGCCCAGCCCCAGAGCUGCAGUGGAGCUCCUAUACCCCUGAGUGAGCUACGGGCCAGAGAGAGGGCCCAGAGAAGCAAACGGAUGGGAAAAGCCAUCGAAAGGCAGGCGCGGAAAUUGCGACUAAAAGGCAUCGAAGUGGACUUGGAGAGGCUGAAAGCCGACUACUUGGCGGCUCACAAGGAUCACUGGCUGGCGAACCAGGGCCAGGACGAGGACCAGGACCUGGAGGACAUGGCCAGCUACGAGGACGAUGAUCUGCCCAUCGAUGUGGUCGGCGAUCCCCAGGACGGUAGCCAGGAUAAUUCGUUUUGUUCCUCGAGGACAUAUCCGAAGAGCAGCACUGGCAGCGAAGCGGACGUGGAACCGGAAGAUCCUGAGGAGGACCCGGAGGACAUUCGAGUGCCCAUCAAGCUGGAGCCAGAGCCGCCGCAGAACAGAAACAAAAGCAUCUACAAUUCGCCCUUCAGCAUCGAAUCCCUGCUGGGCUCAUAACGAAUAUCGGAUAUUGUGUGUUUGUAGGAUUAGUUUUUCCGGUGUAUGUGGUGGACUAGCUAAGAAAUAUAUA